AUGGAGAUUCUUCUUCUCCGAGGAGCGAAGAAUGUUGGGUCCAAGCUGAUGUCCACCGAUGACGCCAACUGUGUUGACGAGGAAGAGAUCAAUCAGCACGACAAGGUUUGGAAGGGAGGAGCGCCAAGAGUGAGGACGGGAAAGAGCGACAGCGCGAUGGAAGUGUCAGAUGUUGGAAAGAUUGUCAAGCAGCAGCUUUCUCUCAUGAAUUUCGGCGGUGAGGGUCAGAUCGGCAAAAGUUUGAAAUCGAUCCCAGAGAAGGCAACUGCAUGGUGCAACAAUUAUCUCAAGCCUGUCAUGAAGGAAACAUUGUUGUGCCCGAAGAGACAAGAAGUUGUCACAAUGAAACAAAUUCAUCUCAUGAUGCUGCGAGAUCAAGUUCAAAUGCAAAUGAUGAGCAUCGGAUUGAACAAGCUGCUGCAUCGUCUGAGGGCGAGGGCAGCAACAGGGAAUGUGAAGACGAGAGUGAAAGAGACUGCUGAACAGAUUAGGUUGAGGGCAGAAAAACAAUUAGAAGAGACCAGGAGAUCGUUUCUCCUCAACUUGAAUCCGGGAGCAUGGGAGAAGAUGGCGGAUGAAGGUUUCUUUCAGAAGGCUGAGGACGAGGAAGAGUACGAGAAAAAGUACGAAGAAGAGUACAAGGAAGAGUACAAGGAAGAGUACGAGGAGAUUCGAGGAGAGAAGGAAAGAGACGCAGAGUGGGGAGGGAGAAGCUACCUGGACGAGACGGGGCAGCGGCAUUUGCAGUCUCUUCAGUCUGCUGAGUUCUUGUGGGACCGGCGGAGGAUGUCGAUUGAAGCGAGACAGCAGGGGGGGCAAGAAUAUGGCCUGACAGCAGAGGACGAGGAACGUCUUGCUGCCUCCCUGGUCUUGCGCGCGCAGUCGCUGUGCAAUUACGCGCUUGAUGGAGCCACCCAUCCAAGCAUGUCGGGGCGUCAGGCCUUUGAUGAUGCUGAGGAGAAUCUGAGCAUGGCGAUUGACAUACGAGCAAAGCUCAAAGAUGCAACGUUGGCUGAGGCAUCGCAAGCCAUGGGUUACCUUCACUACACGCGGGGUACCUGCAUCCUUGAAGAUCCUCCGAAAGAGAAAUAUACCAACAACCCCAACGACACUCCAUCUUCUCUCUACCUCAAGGCCCUCGAGCCCUACUUCGAAGCGCUGGCGAUGUACGUGCAAAGAGACGGCGAGGACGCGGAGACAACCAUCAGAAUGCACUGUAACAUAGCGCUGGUCUACGGACAAUUAAGUCGGGCAGAUCCUUGUCAAUAUAUUGAGUCAGCAGAGCAGUGGUACAAGAAGGCGUUGGAGGAGCAGACGAGAGUCUUUGGGCGUACGCACAGGAGGACGAGGAGGCUGUUGGAAGACUUGGGAGUGAUUCAGCAGAGGAAGUCGCAGAUGCAGGCAGACCUUGAUCGGGGGAGAUCAAGCCGGCAAGCUGGUUUAUCGCUGGUUUUCUUGAUGAUGGUUGUUGAUGAUGACGACGAAUGCGGUAUCUUUGUCGUUAUUCAGAAGUAG